AAUGACAGGGGCGCUCGCUGAUUGGCCGGCUGAUUUCCAUGCCGCUACCCGGCAGUGUGUCCUGCUGUCAGGCGGUGUGAGAGCAGCACAUGCCGGUAGGGCCGCCCCGGGAUGCAGCGCACACUCCCCGCUCCCCCGCACUACACAUAGCGCAGACAGCCCGGAGCCUCCCCGCAGCAUGGAGCCGCCCAGCCCCGGUAACGGGCACCUGAUCCCGGGGAAGCACAGCAGUAACGGCGAUGUGGCGGCGGUGCGGGAGGAGAGCCAGGCCAUGCUGUCUCCCGGUCCCCCCCGGCUGGAGACCCGCCUGUACCGGCGCCGCUUCCUGGUGCUCGGCGUCUUCUCGCUGUACUCGCUGGUGAACGCCUUCCAGUGGAUCCAGUACAGCAUCCUGAGCAGCGUGUUCACCGGCUUCUACGGCGUCUCCUUCCCGCACAUAGACUGGCUCUCCAUGGUCUACAUGCUGGCCUACGUGCCGCUCAUCUUCCCGGCCACCUGGCUGCUGGACACCCGCGGCCUCCGGGUCACCGCGCUGCUGGGCUCCGGACUCAACUGCCUGGGCGCCUGGGUGAAGUGCGCCAGCGCCCGGCCCGACCUCUUCCCGGUCACCCUGCUGGCGCAGCUCGUCUGCUCCGUGGCCCAGGUCUUCAUCCUCGGCCUGCCCUCCCGGGUGGCCUCCGUCUGGUUCGGUCCCAAGGAGGUGUCCACGGCCUGCGCCACCGCCGUGCUGGGGAACCAGUUGGGUACCGCGAUUGGCUUCCUGCUCCCCCCAGUCCUGGUGCCCAGGACAGACCAUGAUAAAGAGCUGACAGGGCACAAUAUUGGCAUUAUGUUCUAUGGCACGGCGGCUGUUUCCACACUUCUUUUCAUCCUGACCAUUGUAGUGUUUAAAGAGAAGCCGAAAAUCCCCCCCAGCCAGUCCCAGGCCGUUCUGCAGGACAGCCCCCCUGAGAAAUACUCCUACAAGCUCUCCAUCAUGAAUCUCUUCAGGAACGUUCCUUUCCUGCUGCUGCUGAUCAGUUAUGGAAUCAUGACCGGAGCUUUCUAUUCUGUGUCCACGCUGCUGAACCAAAUGAUCACGCAUCACUAUGAGGGGGAAGAGGUGAACGCAGGCAGGAUUGGCUUGACCCUGGUAAUAGCGGGAAUGGUCGGCUCUGUGAUUUGCGGCGUGUGGCUGGAUUACACCAAAACUUACAAACAGACCACCCUGACCGUGUACAUCCUAUCGUUCGUCGGGAUGCUAGUCUUCACCUUCACUCUGGAUCUGGGGAACCUGGUCAUCGUGUUUGUAACCGGAGGCAUUCUGGGGUUCUUCAUGACCGGAUAUCUUCCUCUGGGAUUUGAAUUUGCGGUGGAAAUCACAUACCCGGAAUCUGAGGGCACGUCCUCAGGGCUCCUGAACGCCUCCGCGCAGAUAUUUGGGAUCCUAUUCACCCUAGCCCAGGGAAAGCUGAUGUCUGACUACGACCCCCGCGCUGGGAACAUUUUCCUAUGUGCCUGGAUGUUUGUGGGAAUCAUCUUAACAGCUUUCAUCAAAUCUGACCUGAGAAGACACAACGUCAACGCUGGCAUCUCUAAGUCAGAAGUGAAGUCUGUCCCCGUAGAAAGUCCAGUCGAGCCUGCACCGAGUAUACAGUCUGCAACGCAACUCUAGUUACUGGGGUGCAGGUGGAUACCCCUUCCCGAGACGCAGCGCUGCGGAGUGUCCGGCGGAGAAGCCCUCAUCUAGCACUGUAUUUAUUGGACCUUGUACUAUUUAUUGAACUGACUCAUAUGGGUUUACAGCUUUACAACAACCGACCAAUGCGGAGGGAUGGAGAAUGGGACCAACGCUGCACGGGACUGUUAUUUAAGGACUGUAUGACUGCUGCAACAUUAUUUGCCUUCUAUGCUACUUUCAGCCAUUUUUUUUUGUACUUUGCUUUUUUUAUAUAUAUUUUUGUGCAUCAUGUGUGAGAAUUCAGCACUAUCCGGACAGGCCGCACCUGGUGAUAGGGUGACCGUGGAGUCUGGGAUUCAACUGCGCAGGACGUCUGUCUGGGAGUCCUCUGUGCGGAACCCGGUCUGGGACUCCCCUGUGCGCGUGACCUCUGUCUUGGGACUCCCCUGUGCGCGUGACCUCUGUCUUGGGACUCCCCUGCGCGGGACCUCUGUCUUGGGACUCCCCUGCGCGGGACCUCUGUCUUGGGACUCCCCUGCGCGGGACCUCUGUCUUGGGACUCCCCUGCGCGGGACCUCUGUCUUGGGACUCCCCUGCGCGGGACCUCUGUCUUGGGACUCCCCUGCGCGGGACCUCUGUCUUGGGACUCCCCUGCGCGGGACCUCUGUCUUGGGACUCCCCUGCGCGGGACCUCUGUCUUGGGACUCCCCUGUGCGCGGGACCUCUGUCUUGGGACUCCCCUGCGCGGGACCUCUGUCUUGGGACUCCCCUGCGCGGGACCUCUGUCUUGGGACUCCCCUGCGCGGGACCUCUGUCUUGGGACUCCCCUGCGCGGGACCUCUGUCUUGGGACUCCCCUGCGCGCGGGACCUCUGUCUUGGGACUCCCCUGCGCGCGGACCUCUGUCUUGGGACUCCCCUGCGCGGGACCUCUGUCUUGGGACUCCCCUGCGCGGGACCUCUGUCUUGGGACUCCCCUGCGCGGGACCUCUGUCUUGGGACUCCCCUGCGCGGGACCUCUGUCUUGGGACUCCCCUGCGCGGGACCUCGGUCUGGGACUCCCCUGCGCGGGACCUCUGUCUGGGACUCCCCUGUAACUGACCACCUGUAUAAUUGCUUUAAGAUCACCAGGUGGCUUCUUUGAACAGAAACUAUAUUUUGUUUAUCUGAGUGGAGAUACGUGAGGAUUGCGUGCGUGUGUGUAAUCCGCCUCCUGCGGAACAUAGCGCCGCCUUGUAAUGUCAUUGCUAUUUGUUGUGGUGAGUGGGUGCCUGCGUCGGCACGUCCACUAUGACCUACUGUAAAUGAUCUAUGCAGGAGAUCGCACAAUACGGGCACUUUUACCAAUCGUACUGUAUACACCAGUAUUACCCCAGCUUCAUGGUAAAUAUGGCUCGGUGCAUAUUCCGGUUCUUGCAAAGUCAUUUUGCUGUCUACGCUGUAACUCUGCAUAAUGUGGAAUUAAGCCAAAAACUGCUGCUGUUACUGUAGAAUAAAUCUAUAUAAUCUCUCGUCCCUGACAGGGAUUAUCGGCAAA